CCACUUCCCUCUUCCCUCUCAACUGCCACGUCUCCAUUUUUCUCUCCCUUCUUCUCCGCAGCACUCGCCUCUUCUCAUUUCAAAUCCCUUCGUCUUCCUCGUCGAUCGCCUUUCAAAUGUCUUCCUCGUUAAUGGCGGAAUACGGGCGUAGCAGUCGGUUCUUCAAGUUCAGACCCCAACACCUCGCGGCGGAGGCAUCCCUUCUCGAUUAGUCUGAGUUCGAUCUCAAAGGGAUCGAUCGACUUCCUCUUCGCAUCGGUGUUCGGACUUUUACUCGCGUGUGUUCUGAUCCCUCUGGGAGAAUCGAUGGUUGGGAAGUAUCGCCACGACUUCUUCUUCGGGACGGCGGUGCAGAUGGCGCGGAUCAUGCUCCGGAUCCACUACUCCAGGCUCUUCUGGCAGCUCUUCGGCGUCUUCAACUACGAGAACCACGAAGGAAACCCGCGCAUCAUCUAGCGCACCCAUCGCCGCUGAUUUCUGUUAAUUCGUCCUUUGGAGUUCUGCUCUUGCUUUCCGCUUCUUAAUAUUUCCUAGCGCUUCUUCUCGUUUCCUUUCUUGUUCUUGGUCUCUGAUUGGCCGAUGAGGCAGCAGCCGGUGGAGAGGCGGCGUCCGGAGCUCGUCGACAAGAUGAAUGGCUACGUCGAGACCGAUUCAGCGGGUCGCUACGGUCGUUUCGAUGAAAUGCUAGGGAAGGGAGCCAUGAAGACAGUUUAUAGAGCAUUUGAUGAACUAAAUGGCAUUGAAGUGGCGUGGAACCAAGCCAAAAUCUGCAAUGUGAUGCGCUCUCCUGAAGCACUGGAGCGCAUGUGCUCAGAGGUCCAGCUUCUCAGCUCUCUCAACCAUGACUCCAUCAUCAAGUUCCACGCUUCUUGGAUUGAUGCAGAAAACAGGACUUUCAACUUCAUCACCGAGAUGUUCACCUCCGGCACCCUCCGAGAGUAUCGUCAAAGAUAUCCCCGAGUUGAUGUCAAGGCUGUCAAGAGAUGGGCACGGCAAAUCCUCCAGGGACUGGUAUACUUGCAUGGCCAUGACCCUCCGGUUAUUCACAGAGACCUAAAGUGUGACAACGUUUUUGUCAAUGGCCAUCUAGGGCAAGUCAAGAUUGGUGAUCUCGGCCUGGCUGCUAUGCUCCGUGGAACACAGUGCGCCCACAGUGUCAUAGGGACACCAGAGUUUAUGGCACCGGAAGUUUAUGAAGAGGAAUACAAUGAGCUUGUUGAUAUGUACUCAUUUGGAAUGUGUGUUCUCGAGAUGCUUACCUCUGAAUACCCCUACAGCGAGUGUUCAAAUUCAGCUCAAAUUUACAAGAAAGUUACUUCAGGGAAAUUGCCAGAUGCAUACCAUCGCCUCAAGGAUCCCCAAACAAAGCGUUUCAUUGGAAGGUGUUUAGAGAGAGCCUCAGAGAGAGCAUCGGCGAUGGAGCUCCUCCUUGAUCCCUUCCUUGCACUUGAAGAUCAUCCUACUUCCUUAUCAAGCUUCAAAAAUCCAGCCAAUGUUUUUAACAAGGUUAUUAUUGCAUCAGGAGCACCCAAUCAUAUGCAGGUGGCAGACGAUGAUCCUGAACUGCAUACUGAUCCCGUAUCGCAGGCUGCUAACAUGACCAUCACUGGCAAGAUAAAUCCGAAAGAUGACACUAUAUUUCUCAAAGUGCAAAUUGCUUAUCAAGAAGGGAAGAUGAGCAACGUAUAUUUUCCGUUUGAUACUGUUGAAGACACACCAUUGGACGUGGCGAAUGAGAUGGUGAAGGAACUUGACAUAAGGGAUCGAGAACCAUCAGAGAUAGCAGAGAUGAUCGCCCAAGAGAUAACAAGUUUGGUGCCUGGUUGGAUAGAAGACCGCGAGGAGCGCCACCAAGUUUGCAACUAUGUCGAUGACAAAGAAGAUCGGAGCAGCCAUCCCUUCUACUACCUCUCCUCCCCUACAUCUUCACAAGGUUCAGUUGCCUUUGGCAUGAGCUCCUCCCAAGGAUACAACCAUCUCCAAAAAGAAUUGGCCGGAGAUUGCUCAUUUCUGGACGACGACGACGACGAUAUGAGUUCUGUUCACCCAAUUAAUUACUCUGCUAUUAACUACAGUGAUCAGGAACUUUGUGCAAGUUUCGACCAGGGAGAUCCAAACGGCCUAAAUUCGGCGAGAUUCUGCAUUGGCGAAGGUUUUGGUUGCUGCUAUAGCGGCGGUGGAGAGAAAAGUGCAGCAGGAGAUGCACACCAACGCCACCACCACCGGCGGCUGCUUAGGAACCAGUCGAUGCUGGACUUGCGAAGCCAGAUGCUGCACCGGGCGCUGGUGGAGGAGCUGAACAAGCGGACGUUUAAGACGAUUUGCGCCGUCGAGAACAUAGGCUGCCAGGUGCCAUGCUCAUCGUCGUCUUCAGCCCGCUGCAAUUAUCAUCAUCGUCAAAAGCAAAGCAAGGAACCCAAUUCACCUGCAGCACGAGGAAGAGGUUGAAUGAACUAGACCGUAAGGUGAUUGUAAAUAGUAGGUAUUUGCUACUAUCAGACCUCUGUGUUCCAGAUUGUAAAUAGAGAUAAUCCUCUUUUUAUUUCA